UGACGCGUUUGUUGACGCAGCAGGUAACGUAGCCGGUGGUAGCGGCUGGGCUGCAGUGGCUGGGUGCUCCCGGUGGGCGCGUGUAGCCCUCGGCUAGAUCUCCAGAAUACCAAUUUCUGUGAGGAGCACCAAACAGAGCAAAUUAACAGAAACACAUGGACCAUUAAGUCUUCCAAAAAUGAGCAAAUUCAUACCUUUCUACUGGAACCCAGAGUGUCUUGAAAAAGUUUUAGAGAGAAGAAUCCAGUGUUGGACUGUCUUAGACCUUACGCUCAGUGCAGCUUCAGAGAGCAGUUUGGUUUAUCUGACCUGAAGCAGAAGCAUAUGGACAAUAAGCCAAGAGGACAUGGGCUUUCAGUGCACUUGGAAAAAUGAUCCAGCAUCAGAACUGGUGCUGGGGCCAUUUGUGGCAUCUGAAUUUUGUAUCGUUAGUUCUCUAAGCACUGCAUCUUACUACCUGCUUUAUGCACAUGCAUGGCACCAUGGCCAGUCCUCAGGAGCACCUGAGCUGGCCUUCCUCUACAAACUUGAUCAACAAAACUUUCAAUGAAGACAAAGACUUCAGUGGGAUACAUGGUGAUCAUGUGCCCACCGGAAACCAUCCUUCACCUGAGAUCAUAGAGGAUGUGCUAGAGAAGGGCUUACUUCAGGCAGAUCUAAUAGAAAAUGUUGGCAGUCCAGUCACCACAGCGGUGUUGACCAGCGUCAGCGAGGACUCUAGAGACCAGUUUGAGAACAGUGUGCUGCAGUUGAGAGAACAGGAUGAAGCUGAAACAGCUGUGCCCCAGGGCCACAGUAACACAAUGGAUGGAGAGAAUAACAGUGGGACAGAUGACAUUAAAAUCCAGUUCAGCAGAUCCGGGAGUGGGAGCAGUGGGUUUCUUGAGGGACUUUUUGGCUGUUUGAGGCCAGUAUGGAACAUCAUAGGGAAAGCAUACUCCACGGACUACAAACUGCAGCAACAAGAUACAUGGGAAGUUCCAUUUGAGGAGAUCUCAGAGCUGCAGUGGCUGGGCAGUGGAGCACAAGGAGCUGUCUUCUUAGGCAAAUUCCGAGCGGAGGAGGUGGCUAUCAAGAAAGUGAGAGAACAGAAUGAAACAGACAUCAAGCACUUACGGAAGCUGAAGCAUCCUAACAUUAUCGCCUUCAAGGGAGUUUGCACUCAAGCCCCAUGUUACUGUAUUAUCAUGGAGUACUGCGCACAUGGACAGCUCUAUGAAGUGCUACGAGCUGGUCGGAAAGUCACACCUCGGCUGCUUGUGGACUGGUCCACAGGGAUCGCAAGUGGAAUGAAUUAUUUACACCUUCAUAAAAUCAUCCACCGAGACCUCAAGUCACCAAAUGUAUUAGUCACUCAUACAGAUGCAGUAAAAAUUUCAGAUUUUGGUACAUCUAAAGAACUCAGUGAUAAAAGUACAAAAAUGUCCUUUGCGGGCACUGUGGCUUGGAUGGCCCCAGAGGUGAUACGGAAUGAGCCCGUCUCUGAAAAAGUGGAUAUCUGGUCGUUUGGGGUAGUUUUGUGGGAGCUGCUUACAGGAGAGAUUCCAUACAAGGAUGUAGAUUCCUCAGCUAUCAUCUGGGGAGUGGGAAGUAACAGCCUGCACCUUCCUGUCCCUUCUACCUGUCCAGAUGGGUUCAAAAUCCUCAUGAAGCAAACAUGGCAGAGCAAGCCCCGGAACCGUCCCUCUUUCCGACAGACGCUGAUGCACCUAGACAUUGCAUCUGCUGACGUUCUUGCCACCCCUCAGGAGACCUAUUUCAAAUCUCAGGCUGAAUGGAGAGAAGAAGUAAAGAAGCACUUUGAGAAAAUUAAGAGUGAAGGAACUUGCAUACACCGGCUGGAUGAAGAGCUAAUUCGUCGCCGAAGAGAAGAGCUCAGGCACGCAUUAGAUAUCCGUGAACAUUAUGAGAGGAAGCUAGAGCGAGCCAAUAACUUGUACAUGGAGCUCAGCGCCAUCAUGCUGCAGCUGGAGGUCCGCGAGAAGGAGCUCAUUAAACGGGAACAAGCGGUGGAAAAGAAAUAUCCUGGGACUUACAAGCGUCAUCCAGUCAGACCAAUAAUCCACCCCAUUGCGGUAGAGAAGCUGAUGAAGAAGAAGGGGGUCUCUCAUAAGCCAGGGAGCCAGACAAAACGGCCAGACCUGCUGAAAUCAGAGGGCAUCUCCAGUGCAGAGGUGGCACUCAAUGGCUCACCAGUCUCAGGAAGUCCCAAAAUGUCAACACUCAGUAACAAAGGCCGAUACCGCUGCAAACCACGUCACCGACGAGGGAACAGCAAAGGCAGCUAUAAUGAAUUUGCAGGGAUCUUGAAAAAUCAACCAGCACAUGACAACUCACCCCAGCCACCUCAUCCUCAUCAUCAUCAUUCUCAUCUUUCCAGCCUACAGCAGCACCAGCAGCAUAGUCACCCCCAUUACCAUGGCCAUCACCCCAGGCUAAACAUCCAGGGGCAAGACAUCGCAAACUGUGCGAACAACCUGAGGUACUUUGGCCCUGCUGCAGCCCUGCGGAGCCCCCUCAGUAACCAUGCCCAAAGGCACAUGUCCGGCUCCAGCCCCGACCUCAUCUCUACUGCUAUGGAAGCAGAUUGUCGGAGGAAUCUGGAGAAUGAGGAACACAAGGUUGAUCACUGGCAAUGUUGUAAAGCAGACCCACACAACCCCUGUCCUCAGUGCAGACAGGCGAACGGUGGCCAGAAACAGAUGCCGUCCAUUGAACCAGGGAUGAACCACCCUGAAUCAACAACGUGUGGUCCCUUGUACGAAAAGGCCCAGCUUCCUGAAAAGAUGGAGGAGGAGGACUUCAACAGCUGCAAGUCAGUGUCAUUGCUAGACACCCCUCAACACCAGGCUGCUCCAGUGCUACCUUGCAAACCCAGACCUAUUCAAAAGAGUGGUGAUGACUCUUCAGAACAGGAAGAGGGAGAAGUGGACAGUGAAGUGGAGUUCCCACGGAGACAGAGGCCUCACCGCUGCAUUAGUAGCUGCCAGUCCUACUCAACCUUCAGCUCUGAGAACUUCUCUGUGUCCGAUGGAGAGGAGGGGAACACCAGCGACCACUCAAACAGCCCAGAUGAGAUGGCCAAGAGGCUGGAAGACCAGCUAACUGAGAAGCUAGAGGACAUGCUGUCCCAGACUCCGGAAAUCCCCAUCGAGAUCUCCACUCAGUCUGAUGGUCUUUCAGACAAAGAGUGCGCCGUGCGCAGGGUGAAGACACAGAUGUCAUUGGGCAAGCUCUGUGCAGAUGAACACAGCUGUGAGAACCAGGCACAGUUCGGAGAAUCGGAUUGUGACUCUUCCGAGGGGGAGUGUUCUGAUGCAACCGUCAGGACCAAUAAGCCCUGCAGUUCUGCUACUUGGUAAUGGCAAAUUUUCCACGAAAGCCCUCCUGAUACUGGCAUUUGGAUUCCCUAAGACUCCCUUCAUUUCCCCCUCCCCUCAUACUUUGACAAGAAGAGAAACUGAUUCUCCUUCCCAUCCCAGAAAUGAUCUGCAAUAACUUGAAUCUCUGGAAAAAUGUCCAAAUGAAAUUAAUUCUCACUGAGCAUUUCAAUCAAGAAUGGCAGGGAUGUAUUUUAUUGAAGAAUCUAGCUACUGUAACAUUGAUAUUUAUUUUUUUUUUACAUUUUAACACUUUUUACUGUAAAGAGUGGACUAUAUAUCAAGAGAGACAAUAAUUUGUUGCAAAAAAGUUAAGAAAGCAAGCAAAUGAAAGACACACUUCCUUGUGAGUCUUACAUAAAUAGCAUGAUGGACACAUCAGGAUCUACUGCUGCUCUCCCAGGGGACCAGGCCUCAUGGCCCUAAAGGUUGGAGAAUAGAUAAAGAGAAACAAACCAAUCAGUCUUAUCAAAUGAAGAAGCAUAAGAGAAACCUUGCUCAAAGGUAACCUAUGAACAAAUGGCAUUCAGUAUAAUCAGCUGGGUCACUUUUAAUCAGAAAGUGGACAUGUUCCUGGAGAAAUUUGGUACCAAGGUGCUUACAUCCAGGGUCUUCUGAAUCAAUACAUUCCCCCAGGAAUGUGAUAAUGGGGGUUAAUUUAUGGGGUUUUGGUUUAUUUUUUAAUCAGCAUUUUGUUGUGAGAUCCUGCAGAUGUAUUCUAACCUCAUUCUCUCUCGAGACUUGGUAUAACAGCACUUUUUACCAUCACCAAUCAUCUUCACUAUGGCAGACAAAGCAAUGUGAAUUUCCAGCUGAGCAGAGAGAGAUCUUUCAGCUGCAGAGUGCCAUUUUCCCACAGUUUACUUCCUCUCCUUACUUCCUAUUCGCCCAUUUGUUUCCUUCAGUUAAAAAAAGAAAAAAAAAAACAGUGCUGGAAACAAAAGAAGCAUGGAAAGCACAUUCUGCAAAGCCUGAGGACUAGUCUGGGGAGGAAACCGGAGACACCUGUACUGAACCUUCAGAGGCAACCUAUCACAACAUCACACAGCUGGCCAGCGCCAAGGGAGAGAGCUGUGUAUUGGGAGUAAACCAGGCAAUACAUUGGCCUGGACAACAGUAUCAACCCUCCUUUUGUUCUCUUUAUUAAUUAUUUGGUUUUGGAAGCAUUAACAGCUUCCUGCCUUUCGUGUCAGGCUUGGUGUAAAACAGAAAGUAAAAUUUGGACUCAGUUACCUAAGGAAGGGGUGGGGGUGGGAGAGGAGAGAAUGCUUGAUUUUGGUUGUGAGUGUGUUUUAUGUGGGGGACCUCAGAGUGUAUCCCACUCCUUUAAAUUCCAGCCUGGAGGAGAAACUGACGCUUUGUGGGGGUAUCUGAAAGGCAGAGGCACUGACAUUUGAGUGACCGACCUAGCACUCCCAGGGGCCUCACUGGGCCUUCCAUUCAGAAACAAACAGCUCCAUUUAACUGACACGCAGAACAAAGAUUUUAGUCCGUUUUUCAGUUAUUUUCCCUCUGGAACAAUUUUAGCUCUGCCUCAAGAGACCUGGGAAAGGCAGCUGCUCUUCCUCAUGGUCUGGCUAGCGUGGCUAGAGCAGUGUGUCCUGGGGAAAUCAGCCCUCUUAUAGAAGCCAUGCACAAGCCUCAGAUGACCGGCAGGAAUGGAUUGUAGGCAGGUUCUUCUGUUGCUUUAUUUGUUUACAUUUUAUGUUAAAAUGUUGAUUUGAACGUAGCCUUGAUAAUUUAUAGCCUAGGGCAAGAAUGAAGGAAAAUGUUUUGCUUAUACAAAGAGCAGUAUUGUAUAAGUUAAAUUAUUCCAUAUUUUAAACUUUUGUAGCUGGACUACAUGUAGAUCUUAAGUUAUUACAUUAUUUUAUUUAUUAACUUUUCUGUAGAUCAGAAGGUUGGCUUUACUGCUAGCACAAUAGUUCUCUCCAUGUGAUGUUAUUUCCUCCUUGUGCAUCAUAGAAGGAUGGGAGCAGAGCUGGAUUCAGGGGCUGUCAGUAUUUGCUCCCUUGCUGUGACCUCUGCUGGUGCCAUGCAGAGAGCACAGUCAUUCUGGAGGCUGUGUCAGUCUGGGCUGGCCUGCAAGGCAUAGGAGGAGAUACUCAGUUUCAUGGGCUUUAGAGAUCUUCCACAUGGGUGAAACUGUGCAAUUUGAGUUUGCUCCUGAUUAACGGAGGGACAGCAGGGUGUGAGUGUUGAGGGGGGGGGGGCAGAUGGAGUGAGGGGAAAGGGUUGGACAGGAGCGAGUGCUUUAUAGUGAGAAACUAGCAAAAAGUUCUGAGCGAGCCUCUGGAGAGGCAUUCUGGGCUGCUAGUAGAGAGCAGGGCAUCAAUUCUAGUGGUAGUGCUACAGUAGAGGUCCCAAAUGCUCACAUAAAACAGCUAGAUAAAGGAGGAGAGAGGACCAGCAGCCGUCCCAUAGCAAUUGAAGACAGGGGCCAGAUUGACCACCACAAAUGCAGCGGGGACCAGAUUCAGUGUGCCAGGGAUGGGGGGGUUCACCCCAAAAUGGAGUGCUGAUGCCUGGCCCUGUAGAGAGCUUUAAGCUCCAGCAGAGGCUAUGCUGCUAAGGGUGAUCUGGACUGUGAUGUGCAGAGAGGGCACCCAUGUGCCGAGCCAGCCCUGCUCACCUGAGAUGUCAAGUGUUUUCUUAAGAGAUUGCUCAUUUCCCAAGGCAGCCAUAGAGCAUAGGCAAGAAGGGACCGUCUGAUCUUAUGCUGUAGACUGCCAGAGCCCUGAGUUAGAUGCUUCGACUCCAUAGCAAUCAGACCCUGCCUGAGAAGGCAUGAAGGAUUCCCUGGUUCCCAUAGGAGUUGUUUUGCCAGCACACAGAGAUAGUGGUAGCCCCUGGUGAGUGACAUGAGGGAGUUCUCUGAAAGUUCUUAGACUUACAGUAGCACCUGCUAACAUAUACUGAGAAGCACAUGAGUUUGUGGCCCUACCUGCUUUCUGUACUACAUGCUUCUUUAGGCUUCUUCAUGGCCUUGCCUUCAACCACAUUGCUGAGCUCCACUGUCUGUCACAGUCACUCCUCACUCUCGUGGAGAGGCAGUACAAAAUCAUCCCUUUGGUGUGAGCACUCUCUGCCCUAGCAUUGGUCUGCUGCCCCUGUUCAUACUCAGAGGCACUUCCCCCAUUACCUGCUGGCAGGUAUCUGAAAUCCUGCCAACAGCUAGUGCCUCCCUCAGGACUCCUGCUAGUGUUAUUGCUCCUUGUGCACUGGUAGCAUGUGGACAGCAGCUAUGCUGUAGGAGAUGCCAGGCUCUCCUGGG